CAAAAAUAUAUCUUCUAAUACCAUAUAUAAAAUUCUACAUCGAUUAUAAAAUAUUCCCUUUCGAAUUUGACACUGUCAAUUUCCUACUCGUUUCCCAUUCAUUUAAACAAUCCUUAAACUAUACUAUUUGAUUUACUUUAAUUUCUUAUUUAUCACUGUUUUUCAUUACCUCUCUUUCGAAUCUUUGUUACGUGCCUUUGUACGCUGGUGGGUUACUCCCUUCCGAAUUUAAAUGAAUAAAUAAAUCACACGUGAAAUUCAGGUACUGUUAUGCAUCCCAUGAAUCAGACAGAAAGGAAGUACGGGACGACGAAUGGAAGACACACGAGAAGGGGUAGACAUAGUCCGAGGGACCAUUACUUAACCGCUAUAAGUAUUGUGUGAACACGCCACGAGAAAGCGCAUUUCUCUAGUGGAUCUCGAAGUGGAAAGUGGACACGGUGCAAGUUAAGAAGUAGGUUUCGGCAGUCUGGACGGAUCCACGGUUCCAGUUCCUCGAGCACGAGACGGAAGUCGCUUGUUACAUGGCUGCCACCGGACGAUUAUGAAUGAUGGCUGGUUUCCUCAAACAAUUGCUGCUAUUAUCACUAGCGACAUCUCUGGGCGAAACUCAAUCGUUUCUAGACGCAAUAAAGAGUUACAGGCCUUCGUCGAAAGUUUUGAAUAGAAUCAACCCGAACAACAAGAGGUACGACUUCAUCGUGGUUGGUGCUGGAUCAGCUGGGUCGGUGUUGGCUAAUCGGCUGUCAGAGAACAAGGAAUGGAAUAUCCUUCUUCUGGAGGCUGGAGGAGUCGAGACCCUGCUUCACCAAGUCCCCAUCCUAGUUGGUUACCUCCAAUUAUCCAGCUUUAACUGGGGUUACAAGGUGGAACCCCAGCAGAAUGCCUGUUUGGGUAUGAUCAAUAAACAAUGUUCCUGGCCGCGAGGAAAAUCUUUGGGUGGCACGAGCACCCUCAAUUACAUGAUCCACACUCGGGGAAACAGGCUAGAUUACGAUAUAUGGGCUGCACUAGGGAACGAGGGCUGGUCAUACAACGAUGUCCUGCAAUAUUUCAAGAAGAGCGAGAGAUUCGAUGUUCCAGGCAUCAAGAACUCCUCGUACCACGGGGACAAAGGCUACUUGUGCGUGGAGCACGUGCCGUACCACACCGAACUGGCGAAAGCAUUCAUGAAAGCGGGCAUGCAACUCGGCUACGAGAUCGUGGACUACAACGGCGAAGACCAAAUUGGAUUCUCGUAUAUUCAAGCGAACAUGGACAAAGGGACACGAUGUAGCGCCUCGAAAGCGUACCUGCGUGUCGACAGGCCGAAUCUGAACAUCGUGACCGGGGCGCAUGUAACCAAGAUUCUGAUAGACGAGAGCAACAAACGAGUUUACGGUGUCGAGUACGCGGAGAACAAGCAACGCAAGAGAGUGUUCUGUUCUAAAGAGGUUAUCCUCUCAGCGGGUACCAUAGACUCUGCCAAGCUGUUAAUGCUAUCAGGGAUAGGUCCGAGGGAUCACUUGGAGGAACUGGACAUCAAAGUGAUUCAAGAUUUGAAAGUAGGCUACCACAUGUACGAGCACGUAGGGUUCUUAGGCCUGACGUUCAUGGUGAAUCAGUCUGUAGCGCUAUUGCAAAGCAGACUGGCCAGGCCUGGUGUCUUCGUGCAAUACUUCCUGAACAGAAGCGGCCUGAUGUCGCUGCCAGGUGGAGCAGAGGCACUGGCGUUCAUCAGAACCAAGUACGCGACUGAUAGCAGACCUGACGUGGAACUGUUAUUCGCCUCUGGGUCCCUGCACUCGGAUGGAGGCGUGCCCCUGAAGAAGGCGCUCCGGAUAUCCGACGAAUUGUACAACACUGUGUACAAACCGAUCGAGAAUCAAGACGCUUGGUCUAUCUGGCCUAUCGUGCAGAACCCUCGGAGCAUUGGCAGACUUACUCUGAAAUCCAAGGACCCGCUCGAGCCUGCCAGGUUAGAGCCUAAUUUCUUCACCCACCCGGCUGAUCUGGAGAUUAUUUUAGAGGGUCUUAAACACGCUGUCAAUAUAUCCAAGACCGAACCGUUUCAGAAGUACGGUAGCAGACUGCAUGAUAUAAAGAUCCCAGGUUGUGCCACGUUCGAGUUUGCCACUGAUGACUAUUGGAGGUGUGCCAUCAGGCACCUGCCCUCGAUGAUGAAUCACGAAAUAGGGACGGUCAAGAUGGGACCUAAGAGCGACAUGGACGCUGUCGUGGAUCCACAGUUGAGGGUGUAUGGUGUCCAAGGAUUGAGAGUGGCGGAUGGGUCUAUUAUGCCAAUUAUGCCUACGGGUCACGUGAAUGCGGGCAUUUUUAUGAUAGGCGAGAAAGCUGCUGAUAUGAUCAAACGAGCUUGGCAAUGAUCGAAUGGAUGUGUCAAAGGGAGACAAGUCAGAUUUCCUCUAGAGGAAAUCUGAGUGUGAAUCUUCCACAACCUUUACGGAAUGUUUGGAGGCUGAAGAAUAACGAGAUGACAGAUUUAUUUGUUGUGUAUUAUUUUGCAGUCGAUUUUAAGCUUAUUAUAGCCCUCUGUUGAAUGCGAGAUUGCAAUUGUUAGAUAAGAUAUGGUUGUUAAUUUUUGUUAUCGUGACAUUUUAUACCUAACUGUUAGUAUGGAGGCAAAAAUUUUCGCUGACACGAAGAAUUGUAAUUUCCUGCGAACAAACUUGAUGAACAAAUUUUUGUUCCGAAUCGAUGUUUCAUUUCUAUUUUAUUUUACUCUUGUUCGAUGUUUCGCUGUCGAUUUAUUCGAUUUAUUAAUUGUAUCUCUAUGUGUGAUUGCGUUGCACAAAUUUGUACAUGCGCUAUACAAAUAAACAUCGAAUGAUAAUUAAAUGGCGAAUUGAAAAUUCAGCUACGAGAUGUUAAAGUAAAUGAGGAAAAUUUACGAUAUUUUAUUUGUGGUUGCUAAAGAAAAUUAGGAGAAAACAUCGUCGCGCGGGAAAGCAAUAUCACAAUCAUUUGUGAUAAGAUUAACAUUUAAUAUGAAACAAUGAACACGAAAAUAAACUUGCUAUUAAUUCUUUGAAAGCAAAUUACGAUAACCUUCUGAUAUUCUUCGUGACGAUUAUUUUGACCUGUUAUUUGAAAUUAAUUCAGGGUAAUAUUUUCUAAAAGUAAUAAAAGAUGACAAAUGCAGUGUAUUCUUGCGUUUCCCCGUAAUACUAAUAUCUCGAUCUAUGGGUUGACGUAUGAGCUCGAUAUUUCUUUCAUCGCAUGACACGAAACAAGAAAUGACUCAUACUCGAAUGGGAAUAUUGUGCAAAAAUGUAACGACAUAUCGAUCUUGUGGAAAAGAAAACAAACCGUUGCAUUUUACGCAGAGGAAAAUUAUUUUCCGAGUAUGCCAGCUAGUACAUACCAUCAGGAUUUAUUUGUAAAAUAUGAAACUCCAUCUUGAAAUAACCUACACCACGAAUAUAAAUUCUUCAUC